AUGGCGACACCUAAUAAACCCAUUAUUACAAAUGCAACGUAUGAAGUAUAUUCUGCACACAUAAUUUGUGCUUUUAAUACAACGACACACCUUGUCAAGGAAACUAUUGGAGAACAAGCGUAUGAAGAAGUUAAAAAUAUGCUCCAGAUGGGAAAAAAAUUGGUUAUGAAUGAUUCAAUCGUGAAAAAGCUCGAAAACAUAUUUCAAUCAAAAUAUUCUGAAAUUUUUGAAAUCGAAUCUAAAAUAAUUUCGGAGACCAAUAUUGAAGAUAAUCAAACAACCGAAGAGGAUAGGUUUAUAUUCUUUAUACGAUAUGCGUUACUAGACUUUGUCUCGACGUUUAAAUAUUUAAUGCCAAAAGUUUUGGAUCGUGAUAUGCUUGAACGAUCUUACAUCAUUGAAUGUCUGUCACCAAUUCUCCGCGCAUUUCGCAAUGCGUUUCCUGAUGUAAAAUACAUGUGGGUAGAAAAAGAUGUGAGAUCAAUCAAAGAAGCAAACAAGAUGUUUAUGAGUAAUAUUGGAGAACGAAAGACAGAUUUACUCAUUCUCAGGUUAUCAGAAGCAAGAGAACUGUUGAACGUUGAAGUAUCUGGACCUCAUAGAUCCACAAAAAAGCAUACGGUUGGCGAUGUUAUAGGAAAUCGACUUACAUUGUUUGAUGUUUCUCUAGCAGACAAAAAAAAGUAUUUGGCUGUUGAACUGGCCUCAUGUAUAAUCCCAUUUUCGUUUGAUGCCAUCACAUGUUAUAUGAAGAUUUUUAAUUUUUUUGCAAUUAUUCGAAAAGAAUUUGUAGAACAAGAAAAAUUACAAAGAAAAAUUCGUUCCUUUAUUCCUGCUGGCGAUUGUUCUGAAAAUUUAAGGGAGUGGUUACAUCUGCCGGAUGAUGACAUUUCACCUGUGACAGAAGAAGAUACGGACGAAAUCUUUUUGUAA